AUGACGCGAGGUAAUCAAAGAGAUCGUGCUCGAGAGAAAGCGACCAAAGAAGCUCAGGCAAAAGGUAAAAAGCAGUCUGGUAAUCCUCAACAAAGAAAUGAACAAGAUGCAAAGAUAAUGGCGGAAAAAAAAGCCGUAUGUCCCAUUCUUUCUCGUUAUUCAGUCUCAGCUUGUGUUACUGUCCUGCCGGCUUGCCAGGCUGUAAGCCGUGUGAGGAUGACCAUCACCGAUCGAUCUCACAAGCAACUGAGCAAGGUAGUUGGGCGUAAGAGACGAGUGGAGACAGACGGAAGAUUAGGGACAAAGAGGUACAAUGUUUGGAAGACUGACUCUCAGGCCAAAGACGCUCUCGCAGCUGCCAUAGCCAACGGUACCGCUCCCCCGGAAGCUACCAAAGCAUCAAAAAAAGCGCCUCCAGCUGCCGCACCGAAGGUUACCAAAGGAUGA